AUGCUACAAGAAGUCAAAAAAGAAGAGAAAGCAGAAGAUCUAAAAAUGAAUCAUUACACAAAAAUUCCUGAUUCUUAUUUACAAAGUUCCUUGGGAGAUCAACAUCAAACUACAGACCCUGUGCUUGAUGAUAUUGCAGAUGCACUUGAAGCUCUUGACCUCCUUAACUCUAUGCAAGUUGGUAAAUUUUUAGCAAUUGCUAAAGAAAAUAUUGUUUAUGAAGUUCCUUUAGAUAAUCGAGUUAUUACAGAGCUUGUCAAAAUGUUCAGAACUAAUGAUCCAAUUGUUAUUAACUUAGAAGAUGCAGAUAAUAGCUAUGAGAUAUCUAUGGUUAAUGCCAAUAUAGCAAAUACAAGUUUGAAAACCAUACAUACGUUUUUACUUCAGGAGGAAG